UCCAACUUCUCUUUUUUCCUACGCCAAACUAGGCGAAAUUUUCGUCGGUGAUUGGUGCGCAAGUGUGUGAGAGAAACUGAUCAGUUUCGGGAAUCAGUGUCGGAUGAACAGCAAACACGGAUCGUACAAAGUGGAAGAGGAUGGUGAUGAAGAAGACGAAGGCGAAGACGACGAAGGCGACGACGACGGUGAUGAGCAUGUGCACGAGCAUAACCAAGACUAUGAUAACGGGAGGCUGGUAGAUCGAGAAUCGACGAGAUACGUGUUUAAAUACAGAACUCUGACCGGUACAUGCUUUAGCCGCAAACUAACAAACCGAAAGCACGCGGAUUGGAGGAAAAUGGCUGAUACGGACUAGACUCGAGAAUUCACGCUACUCUCGUUUCUUCUCAUUUUUUUUCUACCUUCCAAUCGCCGUGUCGUUUUCCAGCUUUCUUCGUUGCUUUGCUCGUCUCAAAGUGCACGCUUCGCAUACAUAC